UUGUUUGUACUUUGUUCUGCUCGAAGCUCAUAAGCACUUAAUCGCGUUAAUUAUGUGGAGCUUUUCCCAGUAACGAAAUUCAGCAACUUAACUCACCUAUGAGCCUACUGGGACUGACCACGGAACUAUGGGGUUUCGGCGACAGCUAACGAGCUGCCUCUAGCAUACCAUGCUAGACAGUAAGUAGUCAACGGCCGUAAAAGUUUGAGCGUUUCAUAUUCGCUCCAGCAAAAUUGUUCCCUUGUACAUUUACGUACAAUUAGUUGAUUCCGGAUUAUCUUUGAGGAGCAUAUAGAGGUAAACAGGUGUGACAGAAAAGUUUUGCAUUCAAAUUCGGAAAGUAUUGUUUGGCCUUCCAUACUGAAACCCGAUAGUGCGAACGAACUAUGUGGUGCACAUUUUGAUGCAUUUUUGUAUAAAAUGAAAUGCAAAUGAACAUUGAGUGGCAGUUUAUAAAAAAAGUGUUGUGAAUCAAAUAUUGGAAAUUUACUAGCCUAGCGCAGAUACAAGCAAAGCCUAACCGCCCUACGUUGGACAACCAUCUCAGCACGUGCUGUAAUGAGAUUACUUAGAUGAGUUUGGGCCUGAAAUAAAUUAAUCGCUGGAAACUUACUGGAUUCAAUCCAUCAUAAAGAUAUGAACACGAAAUGGUAUUCAAGGCGUUCUAGACCGGAACUUUUAAUCAGUGUGCUACUUUUUAUGACGGUCGAACCUGUCCUAGGAUAUGGAAUUGAUUUCAGAGUGUACUGGAACAUACCGACAUUUAUGUGUCUAAAAUACAAUAUGUCCUUUGAGAAUAGUACAAAAUCUUAUGGAAUUAUACAGAACCAACAUGAUGAUUUCCGUGGAGACCAGAUCUCAAUUCUUUACGAUCCCGGAGAUUUUCCUGCAAUACUUCAGAAUUCGUCCUCUGGGGAAUACUUCUACCGGAACGGUGGCGUACCACAAAGGGGAAACAUUGCCGAACAUUUAGAAAUAUUUAAGCAGCAUGUCAACGAAUUAAUACCGGAUCCAAAAUUUCGAGGCUUAGCAGUUAUUGAUUUUGAAUCAUGGCGACCAACAUAUCGACAGAAUUUCGGCACAUUAAAACCAUACAAGGACCUUUCAGAAAAGAUUGAGAAGCAAAGGCAUCCCUUCAGACCUGAGAAUAGAAUUCAGCGAGAUGCUGAGCGGCACUUUGAAUCUGCCGCGAGACGAUUCAUGGAGGAAACUUUGCGGUUAGGACAGAAGUUAAGGCCAAACGCAGCAUGGGGUUACUAUGGAUUGCCAUAUUGUUUUAAUGGACGUUCUAAUAGCAUAGAAUCCUGUCCAACACAUGUACAGCGGGAAAAUAUGCAUUUGAGGUGGCUGUUUGAAUCAGUAGAUGCCGUUUACCCCUCCGUGUAUUUACGUGAACAAACUCCAGUACAAUAUCGUGUUCCAAUGGUGCGCGGUCGAAUCGAGGAAUCAAAGAGGCUAAUUAGACGUUUGCCACUUGCUGUACGACCUGAUAUUUUAGUAUAUCAUCGAUAUCUUUAUACAGAUACAUUGAAAUUUCUGACCGAAUCUGAAACUUUCCAAGUAUUCAAGGCCAUCAAGGACACCGGUGCGGAUGGCAUUGUCCUUUGGGGAAGCUCAGACGACCUUAACACAAAGGAAAAAUGCACAAAUUUUAACGAAUAUCUGUUCAAUAUCUUGGGACCUGUUAUUUCUUCACUUCAACCGACCUACUCCGUUCAGCCCAUUCAGUAGUAAACUGAAUUUUAAAAACUUAAUCGACUUAAACUUAAACACUAUAUAGUUACCAAUCUAAAGUAGUCAUUUAUGAAAAUGCGCUUUUGAGAAACGCUUAACUUUAUACAGAUUAUUCAGGUACAAUUGAAUAACGGACACAUAAUAUCCCUAUAAUUUUUAUGGAUAUUCUUCGAAUGAUUUUUUUCUUAUUUAAAAUUGUGUGAAAAUGCGUGUGAUAUAGUAUUUACUAUUUUUGCAAAGUUUUAUUGGAUGAUAUUAAUAAAACGAAACUCAAAUAUU